AUGCUUAAACACAGGUCUUCUAAAGACGUCCAGGAUACACAUGAUUUGGUAAUGCACACAUACUAUUCUGAUGAUGCUAGCUCACGCGUGCAUCACUUAGGCCUACACAAAGCUCUCUGUGUUUUGAUGGGAUGGAAUUUCUCGAAGGCUCCUGAUCAUUCAAAGGCAUACCAGAAUCUACCUGCUGAAGUGGCAGCAGUCAAUCAAGACCAGCUGAUUAUUUGGCCACCUCAUGUUAUUGUUCAUAAUACCAGUACGGGAAAGGGUAAAGAAGGGCGCAUGGAAGGCUUUGGAAACAAAAGAAUGGAUAACAGAGUCAGAGAACUAGGACUCACUGGUGGGAAACCAAAGUCACUGUAUGGAAGAGAUGGUGGUCAUUUGGGAAUUACCCUGUUUAAGUUUGCUGGAGAUGAUUCAGGGAUCAGAGAUGCAAUGAGAAUGGCGGAAUACUUCGAGAAGACGAACCGUGGGCGUAAGAGUUGGGCCAGGGUGCAACCACCCAUUCCAAGUAAAGAUGAUGAGAAACACCAUAGUCUUGUCGAAGUUGAUGGGAGGACGGGUGAGAAAAAGAGGAUCCUUUAUGGUUACCUUGCUACCAUAACAGACUUGGACAAGGUUGAUUCGGAGACAAAAAAGAAGACCACAAUCGAGAGCCUUAGAGAAUUCACAGGAUCAAAGUAA